AUUGGCCAAAGUUGCUAAAAAGUUAUCCGGAAGUCGUCGAAUCAGGCUGAGGGUUUCGGUGACUACAAGAAACUUUUUACGGUGGUUUUAUUCUUUCCACAAACGUUUGUUUUGUAUCAACCAUGAUCCAUAUUGUGCUGUAAGGAAAAAGAUGAAGUAGAAGCAGAUCAUCUUCCUGAUUCAACAUGCGAUGUGCCACAACACACACCCUACAGUCUUUAGUUCUUUGAGUUAAUACACCAACAGCAGAAGAUAGGGAGAUUACGAUGUCUUCUGCAUCGAGACGAAGGCAACCGCGUGGCCAGGUGGGCGUGGAGGCCGACAGUGAGUAUGUCAAUGUGGAACUUGGCUAUGCUGGAGCCUCGGGGUAUAGCGGCGGUCCACAGGGGACGUCUAACCGCUAUGAGAACAUGGAGCCCAGCCCGGAUCUGAGAUAUGGGGCCCGUGGUGUAGACAACCUGGCCUACGGCUCACCUAUGGGCACACCCCGUACUGGCUAUAAGGGAGAGGACAUUCAACUUAAUACAAUCAAUCCUGCAUUCAGCGGGUCGGGCCAGACCCCCCUGAUGGGGCGAUCCCGGAGUCCCUCCGUAGCUUCCAGCGUGUCCUAUCAGUCCAGCAACGAUGAUGCAGACGAGAUACAUGAGAGAGAGAUCAUUGCUGCAAGCCUCAGCGAUCCAAACAGUGUCAUAGAUAUGCUUCCAAGCAGGCAAUUAGGCCACACGCUUCACAGAGCCAAAUCCCACCACUCCUCCCACCACAGCAAAUCGAUGCGGAAGAGGAGCCGCUCUCGAUCGGCGUCGCUUCGGCGUUCGCGAUCCACCACCAGACGGAACUAUGAGAACGUCAACCUGGAGAACAUGGUGGAUGACAUCCUGUCUGAUCCUGUCUUGGUCGAAGGGACGUCGAGGGGCACCCUUAGGAGACGCAACACUAUCCGUCAGAUCUCAGGAACAAUCGAUACAAGACGUCGAGUCAGGAAUGCCUUAGCGUACAUUGUGGUGAUGAAAGAGCAAGUGAACAGGAGAUCAAGUAGAACAAGGAAAGAGAAAUCGCCUGGUUUAUGUACAGCAUGGUUCUAUGAAUUAGCCUAUAAAUGGGAAUCCUUCCUGGAGAGCCUCUCCGAGUUCACCUACUCCUUGGAGCUGUGGCGCAGCUCCAUCAAGAAGAUCGAAGGCAACUUUGGCAGCGGCGUCACCUCCUACUUCCUCCUCCUGAAAUGGCUACUUCUUCUCAACAUCCCCGUCUUCCUGCUGACGUUUGGUUUUGUGACGACGCCUCAGCUGAUCUACGAGCCUAGUGCCCGGUAUCCACACUCAGAAAACUUCUCUGGGUGGGACCUGUUGACGGGAGGAGGUUGGUUCAAGGAUACUGAACUGUAUUGCGGGUACUACACCAACGAGACGUUCACUGUAGAUAAUAAGAACUAUUACAGCAUGCCGCUGGCCUACCUUAUUACUAAUAUCCUCAUCUUCAUACUUGUUCUCAUCGUUAUCACUCAGGGAAUGUCCAAGGCGUAUAGGCAGUACUUUGUGACCGGUGAUCGUCAUUACAACUUCUUUACUGCCAAGGUGUUCUGUGGAUGGGACUACAGCAUUACCUCCGAGUCCACAUCGAGACUGAAGAACAAGAGUAUCUAUCUGGAAUUAGCUGAAGCGCUGACAACACACCACAGCUCUGACAGCAUGAGCUGCUGUAAACAAUUUGGUAUUUAUAUGCUACGUCUCACCAUCAACAUCAUCGUAUUGGCAAUCAUAGCAGGUGCCUCCUAUCUCGUCCACUUCAUGUAUGAUAGUGUGGUAGCGGAGAUAGAUUCUGGACUGACAGUGGUACGGGAACUGGCCAUCCCUCUUGUUAUCAGUGGAUAUAACCUGAUGCUGCCUUACAUGUUCAGUGUUCUCAGCUCAUUUGAGAAAUAUUCAAACCCAAGAAUGCAGCUUUAUGUUUCACUCUUCAGAACAUUUCUCAUGAAGGCUUCAGUGCUGUGCGUAUUGUGUUACUUCUGGCUCAAUCAAAUCAGCUGUACAGAGGAGUCAACGCAAAACUGUGUUGUGUGUUGGGAAACCUUUAUCGGGACUGAAGUAUACAAGCUUGUCAUUGUAGAUUUCAUCCUCCAAAGUUUAGCCACCUUUGUCUUGGAGUUCAUCAGAAGGAUUGGUAAAGAUCACUGCUGCCAAUCGUUUGCCUCUCCUGAGUUUGAUAUUGCUCGUAACACAAUGGAUCUCAUUCAGUCUCAAACAUAUACUUGGAUUGGCAUGUACUUCUCACCUCUACUCAUGGUCAUCAAUAUCUUCAAACUUGUCCUCAUCUUUUAUGUCAAAAAGGUCAGUGUUUUAUACAACUGCAAGCCAUCUUUAAGACCUUGGAAAGCAGGACUAGCAAAGACAGUAUUCUUAGCGAUCCUGUUCCUCAUGUUCAUGAUAUGCCUGGGAGCGUUUGGAUACAGUGUCGUCCAGAUUGAACCUUCGGCUUCCUGUGGGCCGUUCCGAGGUAGGAACGCUACCUACGACGUGGUGAUAGAUCUCUUCGGUAAAUGGCAGCAAUCAGAUCGAGUCAUCACGACCGUGGUCAUCUUACUCACCAGCCCUGGUGUUCUCAUAGGAAUCAUACUCAUGAUCAUUUUGCUGGUGUAUUAUAGAAGAUCUGUUGCCAUGGGAUACAAGGAGACUGUCAAGAGACUACAGCAUCAAAUCAAUCUGGAGGGAAAAGACAAGCGCUUUUUACUACGCAUGCUCCAAGAUGCGAUCAAGAAACGCAAUAAGAAGCUGGGCAUCACCAAUCCAAACGACAGUAUCCUGUUCAGCAACAACGGGCGAGCCAUCCGCUCCCCCUCCCCGUCGACGGCAUCGGCGCCCAACGGGCAACACCGCAGCCCACGGGCAGAUGGUAGGAGAAAGCAUAAACACCACCACCACCAUCCUCAUCAAAAGAGAGGGGGAGAGGUGUCCCCUUCAAGCCCCCAUCUGUCACCGCGCCUCUCACCUAGACCCUCCCCGCGCCCCUCACCGAGGAGCAGCAGGCAUAACAUGGGAGCCCAAUGAUAUCUGUUGCCGUAGCAAACAUCCUCAUAGUUUCUUGAUCUCUAUAGCAUCACAAUACUAAACCAUCACCACCGGAGAGUGGGCGAAAUAUCACGUUCAAGCGCCCAUCUCUUACCACGCCUUACUCCUAGACCCUCUAUGUGCCUUUACCGCAUAGCAGUAGGCACAACAUGGGAGCUUGUUAAUACCAACUCCUGUAUCACCUUUAGCUUAGCAUUCUCAUUGUUUCUUGAUUGCGAAUUCAACAACCUACGAAAAUGUCGGGACCCCCGCGAUUCGCGAAAAAUUCUGUAUGCAAAAUAACAGCUUAUACAGUAUGCUAAUAAAUAUGCUAAUAAUUCUGAUAAGUCAAAUAUUUUGUCAUAUUUGGCUGCCCAUAGUUGAAGCUCAAAUUCAGGCCAUUAAACUCAAAUUCCUCUGUGAAUGUGGACCAUUAUAAGGUUGAUAUAUCAAUACCAGACAUAAUAAGCAGUUUGCUCUUUUUUUUUUAACAAGUGCACACCUAGUUCCCAAGAAUGCAUAUAGCUUUUUAUUUAUUUGAAUGCAGGAUAAAAGAGCAUUGUUGAUUAAAUGCCUUGCCCACGUGCAUAGGUGCCGCAGCCGGGGAUUGAACCUCAGACUUUCCGUGUAUACUAUAGUCAGGUGCCAUAGACCACUCGGCCACGGCACCUUAGAUAUUGUUGAAAAGAUAUUUCAUUAGAUCAAGUCGAUAGUGAUUACUUUCCAAUGCUCUCCUUUGUUCAUUCUUCAAGAAAAUUGUUCUGAUAUUCUGUCACAUUAAACUGCAAUUACUCUGAAUGCAGCUUGAAUUACAUUUAUAAACAUAUAUUCCUAUGGUGGACGUGAUUGUGUUUUAUCAUGUGAAACUGGUAGUCAAAUGAAGUUACAGCAAUCGGCUUGUUAACUCUUGUAUUUCUUCGUUACUCUGACAUAUAUUGCUGAGAACUUCAGAUUUGUAUCCCUGUUUAAUGUAAAAAAGCUGAAUUUAUUUGCAAAGUAACUGAUGUUAUUUGUUAGAGAUAUGAAUAGUGUCUCCUUAUAUCUUUGUAAUGUACAUAAUGUAAAGUGAUAAUGUUCAUUUUUAUUCUGAAUUAGUUAUGAAUUAGUAACCUCACAAUGAAAAGGUCACAUAGUGCUUGAUGUACUAUUAUUUUGAACUUGCUGAGAUAAGAAGGUGUAAUUUACUCUUAUUAUGCAAUACAUCUAUAAUUUAUUGUAAGACGGGUCCAAGGAUUUAGCCGAUAGCGAGUGCAUAUGCUCAUGAUUUAAUUAUACACGACCUUCCAGCCAUGCAUUUUAGGUGCAGCACUGUGUACUAGGGUGCAUCAUGUUCCUUAUAUGGCGUUCUUUGAAACCAAGGGCAAUGGCAAGGAUUUUGAUGCACUCAGUUAGGAGCGCAUACCAGAUAUGCCUGAGAUUCGUAAUAGAAAGGAAAUGUGAUCUCUUCAAGGGUGUGAGCCUAGAAAAUGGUAUGGUAUGUAUUAAAUCGCAGUUACAAAGACUGAAUUGCACAUGUAAGUACAAUAUAUUAAAAGGUGUAUACCGUUUCAUAAUCAUGGUAUUAUUUACAUAGUUAUGAAGUACAUGUUCAUGUAUAUCACAGACUGAUUGUAAUAAAUAACAUACAUGUACCACUGCAUAUUAAACCAUAUUUUGACUAAAUGGGUAAUAUACAUGUAGAACACACGCAUGAUUAAUACAAAGAAGAAGAAGAGAAAGAAAAGAAAGAGAAGAAGACAAAAAAGAAAGUUAAAGUGAUUGGUUAACAUUGGUUUGACUUUAAAAAAAUCUGAGCUAGAAGGUCACACUUGUCACCUGUGUCUGUGAUAUGUUACAAAAAUGAAGCCCAGAAAAAAUUGCGUUCGAAAAUAAUUAUUUACAGUAGUGCUUCAAAAAUUGAAAUAUAAAGUGACCGAAAAAACCAUCUUAAUUUCAUCCCAUACACUUAUGUGUACUAUUUAGGCGUCUAUAAGACGCCUAUUUACAAAAUCGGGGUUUGCCUUGUAGUUUUAGCUUUUCAUUCUCAAUAAUGGUUGUUUUCAGGGUUUAUUAGUUCUAAUACAUGCACUUGUACACAUGUUUCAUCUUGGUUUGAGAGUUUUUUAAAUCGGCUGCUCACAAAGUUAAACAAUACCUUUAAGUUGAAGAAAAAUAACAAGGAGAUAAGAUUUUACACAAUAUAUAUAUAUUGAAAAAUAAAAAUUGGGUACUCACAAUAUCCACAAGCACUAGGCCCAAGCACCUCAUGCUUGUCGCAAAAUUGGAAGUACUCUCGAGUGCGAUGCAUUGCCACAAUACACAAGUAUAUGUGCAUUAUAACACGAAGUACACUGUCCAAAAGAUGAGUUGUAGAAUGUGUACUGAAAGCAUUGUGAUUCUUAUCAUAGUCAAACCAUCUUUUUUUGUCUGGAUAUUAUUUUGCUGCAUGCAUGUCACAGUCCAGCAUUCCACUUUCAAUGCAUACAGGAUAUAUACUCUUUGUAAUGGGUCUGAAAUAUGUAUGAAAAUGGCUAUGGUAUAUUAUCAUAUUUGUGAUAUAUUUUUGAUGAUAACAUUCUUAUUUUAUUUUAAAGUUUGUGUGUGUAAUUUACUGUGUACAUUCAAUUUUUUUUUAAAUUCAUUCUGCCUUUUUAGGAUUGUAUAUAAUACAUGUACAUGUACAUGGUUGAAAUGAAAUUGUUAAAUGUGAAAAAUAUUAGAUUGAAAUGUUGGACUGUAUUAGAAUUAUAAAAUGCAUAUUCAUCUUCAUUGCCAAUGCAGGUUUCAUUGAUAGAAGUUUAGAUAUGGAUUUUAUUGAC